CUGCUUCCCCCUAGUGAUCGAGUAAAAGGCAAAACACAAUAGUGUUUGCGAAAGCACGAACAAGAUGUGAAUGUAACGCAUCGAUCGCACUUUUCGAAAGCGAGAUCUUAGAUUAAGCAUCUGAUGAAACAAUGUUCAACAGAGGUUUCGCCAUUUUUGCUGUUUCAGUGAAUCAUGUCAGAGCCGAGGACGCAUGUUGCAGCCGCAGCCGGUGGCUCCUCUGAAUUCACUGAGCUGUGGAGGAAUGUUUCCAAACUUUGCCAACACUUAUCACAAGACAAGAAAACAGGACAAGAGAUGCUUGAAACAGCAUCACCCAAAUGUAAAGAUUUGCUAAAUCCUAAGCACAUAGGCUGCACCAGGUAUCCUGGCCUGAAUAAUGGGGAAUCUCCAGGCGAUGCGGAAGUGUCACAAGAUAUUUUCUGGGAUGCCACAUCUCCUACUCAAGAUAACACAGGGUCACGGGCCAACAACACCAGAGUAAUGGAAAUAUCAGAUAUUGUCAACCGCAUUGCUCCAAAGGAUGCCAAACCAAAAGGGACCGAUUCCCCUAUGCUGCAGUGGAUAGGUGAUGGUGCUGUCUCUAAUACGCCAGAGAUUCCAAAGAUAAGAGUCAAGAAGAAGCACUCUCGACAGAGCAGUGUGGAGGACCUCAGGAAACUGGCCAGGCAGUUUGAUGAGAACAUGCAGCAACACAAGGAGACUUCAGAGCAGCUUGCCACUACCAACAGCAACCUCAAAAAAUGUGUGAACAUUCCCAACACAAAACUGACAGAGAUAGCAUUCCAUAGCAACGUGAAGGACCUAAAAUGUCCACCCUCAUCAGAUCAGGUGGAGGCAGAGCUACAUGAUCUGUUUGACAGCUCCACUCAGAUAGUCAACAGGAGGCUAAGCUCGAGCUCAUCUGCAUCAGCCUGUUCACAGGAAUUAAAAUACCAACCUGUGACCUCAACAUCAGCUGAACCCCAACAAUCACAGCUCAAGUAUGCUGACAAGUCCAGCUCAGCUGCACAUCCUUCUGAAGAAAGAGGAUCUGAUGGUUUUAGUGUGAACAACUGUGUUGACUUUGAUGAUGACUGGGAGAAUGAUGACCUGCUUAAUGACUCUGUCCUGCUGGCGAUGACCCACAGUCUUGACCAGCAACAUGACACCAACCCUAAAACCAGCUUGCAGUCUAAGAGAAACACUACUCCGUUCACUUCUGUUUGCAAUUCUUUUCCAAAUACAAACUCCACACAUCAGCCUUUAAAUUUGCACCACAAACCAAGCAGCAGUGCACUCCAGGAACUGUGUCCCAAACCAAAGACUACCAACCGAAGCACUUUCAAGUUAGAGCCAAACCCCCACUUCCUGCCCAAAACAGCUGCCAAAGAUGUUUCCAAGUCCAGCUUCACUGCUAUACGGCCUAAAUCACAGAUGUAUGACAGAAAAUCUUCUACCAUAAAGACAGUGUCUACUCCUCAGCCUGAUAAGAUCACUAAUGAUCAGAAGGGGGCUUGUGUAUCUGCAGACUCUGGUAAAGACAUUUCCGACAGCAUAUGGGAUGAUGGGGACGACGCGCUGCUCUACCAGGUAUGUGACAGCGUGGAGAGGAUCUCCAACAGUCAGCCACAGCAAGUGAGCCCCAGUGACUGCCAGCAAAAGCAAGAUACUGCUGUAGACAUACAGCGAAAAAACACUGCACCUCUGCCAAUCAACACAACCUGGUCCAUGAAUGCCAGUGUCAGUGCUAAGAGACAGCCCCCACAUGCUUUUGUACGUUCUAACUCAUUACCAGGUGCUAGCUGUGACACUGUUAACUACCAAGGAAGGAACAUUCCCAUGAGAGAUGGCAUCAACAACUCACGGAUGUCUCAGAGCUUCCCAGGAAGCUGUGGGGGCCUGGGCGCAUUCAGCCAGUGUAGGGAUUCCUCUGGGACUCUCCAGGAUGGGGACAUUAAUCUGGACAUGAAGCAGAAUUCCCAGCACAAAACAUUCAAACGGAAUGUGUCAGAUUCAGCAGCUGUAAGCUGCAAAGUUUUUGUCACCAGCCACAUAACGGGGAAGUGCUCCACAGCUGAGAUUGAGAGGAAGAAACAGGAAGCCCUGGCUAGGAGGCGACAGCGAAUGCAGGAUACCCCGAAACCAUAGAGGAGCCGCACCCUGAGUGGAGAGACGUCUUCAUUGAUUUUCCUACAUUUUGAUUGUGAAUGUCCACAUUGUACAGUGUUAUGCCCUCCUCUGUUGAUACUAUUUAUUGUAACAACCAUGCUGUGCACCUUUCAAACAUAGUUAAUCCAACAAUAUUCAGAUAGAAAUGUUGAUGGCCUCUAUUUAUGUAGUGCCUUUGUUUGUCAUAAGGAAUUUGACUCCAACCACUGUUACUUCACAUCAAUGGGACCGACUUACCCAGUGCCUCAUUUAUCCUUCAUGAUGUCUAUACUUUGUGUGGUCACAAACAAUUCUGAAUACAUUUGGGUGCUACAGUAUACUUCAUUGUUUGUACUUUUAGUUAUCUGGUAUCAUUUGUCUAUUUUUGCUGCUACCUGUCGGAACCAAAAGAAGGAAUAAACAUCUGGCAGAAAAUGCUCUGAUCCUACCUAUUGUGAAUGCACCUUAAAGCCCUUAGAAUCCAGUGCUUCAGUGUUCCCUACUGUAACACUGGGGACUCGAGUCUAAAUUGAAGCAGCUGAGGUAUCCUGACUUUCAGUCCUUAGUAUGACAUCACCAGUGUUAUUUGUCCCUUUAGACCCCUG